UGCUGCUUAGAAUCUGGCUCAUUGUAAUUUCAAUAGGCUUAAUUUUACCACUUAUGUGGCUUCCACUUUGUGUCCAGCGUAAGCUCUAAAACGACGCUAGCGCAAAGAACAUGGUGGAGACGCUGGUAGUUAAAAUUUUUGUUUAUUGCGGUUGUUUGACGCUAAUAGAAGGGAAUUCUUGGCCUUUCCCAAGGAAGGCUCACAGCAUGAAAAAGCUUUUUUCUACGAAGGAUCCCAUAUGGACACACACGACAUCUGGAAACACCAAUAUAAGAUGUUUAGUGGACAAGGUUAACGAAAUGGAAACGAAGUCCGUACUCUUCACACGAUCUUGCUACAACCAGAAAUAUAAGGUGUCUAGAAUGUUUAAAGGAAUAUUUGAUAAAGACCGCAAAAAGAAUAUGGACGUCAUAAAUUUAGGGAGGGGAAUGAGCUUUCAAGAGGAUCUGCUGUUCGCGACUGACGACUACAGAUGCGCAGUGAUUAUGGUCACGACCACUGUUUGCGGUAGGCAUCAUACGUAUGACCUACGAAUCAGGGGCGCUUAUGUUAUACUUCGACCUCCGGCAACGUGCCUCGAAGAAUACCUGAAGUACGAAAAGCAUGGAAAAGUAAUAUAUGAGCCAAACUGCCCAAGCAUACUUAAGAGACAGCAGAAGACGGCGUUGUAUGAACCACAAAGAGAUCGCUGCGGAAAUCGCAAUAACUGAUGCAGGUAUCAUUGGGGAUCAUCACAAACUUUUAUGGAGGUAGUCACAACUGCGAGCGUGAAAAUACGCACGUUAGCAGGCAAUCACAUUUAUAUAUCCUGGUA